GCUGCCGUUUAUAUAUAUUAUCCGUUCAUUCAUUCACUCGUUCAUCCCAGCAAGGAUCCAAAUAAUGCUUUUUUUCUGUGUGUGUGUGUGUGUGUGUGUGUGUGUGUGUAAAUGUAAUAAUCUCUCAAUCUGCAUAUGGCCAUCUACUGAUGCAUGCCUUGAUUGGUUUACUGAUCGAUUUCUUUUGUCUGGCGAACAGUCAGUCCCUGGUCCUGAACAAUCCCUCCCUGACAUAGAUAUUUCCCAUUUGAUUUCUAGUAGCAUCGUUUAGUUUAGAGCUGGUGAAUCGUUUCAGACUUUCAGUAAAACAAUAAGCUAAGAUUAGAGUAACCGUAUAUACCAUUGCAAUGUGGAACAAUCUAGAACAAAUACAUCUAUCGUCGUAACCGGUUUUCUCAGUUCUAACUGCUAGCUAGCCACCGGUCUGCUUAUCGAUAUUUGUCAGAUUAAACACGUGUCGCGCGUGCAAUUUGCAUUAGCAGCAGAUGACGCUUAUCAUGCGUGCACGCACCGCAUAGAAUUAAUGGUGAUGGAUAUGCAUGCACAUCCAUCAUGGCAUGCUGCAUGCAUGCGUGGCCGUGUCGUUUUGCUCCCAUGCAAGAGGACAAAUUAAAGCAGCGCGAGCUUUUCUCAGUGCAGUGGACAAGGCAUGCAUGGAAGUUUGCAGCUUUUUUUUUUCCUCCUUGUUUUUCCGUGCACCAAGUAGGAGCACAGCAGUACACGUAGGAUAUUUUUGUUUCGUUGGAGCGGCACGUGGCUGCAUGUAGGGUGCAUGCGGUGUCUUGCCGCUGUCUCAAACUCGGUUGGAUUGGAUUGUCCACACCACAUCGGUGCGUGCGUGCGUGCGUGCGGUCUCCUAUGUUUUGUACUCUUUGAAUUUGUAGAGUUUAUUAAUUAUGUAUAUACAUAUUUUUUUGAGGACGGAGGGAAUACGUCGCGUGCGCUCGUGCAUUGCAUAGACUGUGUGGACUGUGGACGCGUGACUAUUUGUACUCCCUCCAUAUACUAAAUAAACGUCGUUCUAGCCACUUCGGCAGUUUGCGGAAAAAACGACGUCGUGGAGCCAUAGCUGGUGAUUUGGACUUCUUUGCCUCGGCCUCUUCGAUUAUCGCAUGCGCAGUUAAUUACUGGCCUCGAUUGUCAUCUACGCCGCCCACUUGCCCAGUCGUUGCCUGUUGGCUUUGUUAAAAGGACUCGACAUCUAUGCCGUUGUACCGCUCGCCUCGCAGCUCGAAGCGCUGCUCGCAUCACAGCUCCACUCACCAGUCCUCGCUCUCGAUCGAUAGUACUCGCCGCUAACUCGCCAGGCUCCCACCUCGCGUGCUCGCCGGCGUGCUCGCCGCGCCGCCACUCGCGCUCGCCGGUCCGUCGCGUGCAUGGCUUCAUCUCGCUCGAGCCGCUCACGCUCACGCUCGCCGCGCCGCUCGCCGGACAGGGAGAUCGCCCCAGAUUCACUGUUCGAGUCUGUGCCAGACUCCAUCGCAUCGCAAGAGGUGCCGGACUCCAUCGUGCUGGACUCGGAGAUGGUGCCGGACUUCGUCGCGACGGACUCUGAGAUGGUGCCGGAAACCUUGCCGCCGGGAGCUUUUCUAUGCCCUCGCUGUCAUCGCGUUCAUGAGAACCGCGAAUCAUGGGAUCGUGCGCACUCGCUGUUUUGGCCAUGUGCUCGCUGCGGUCUCGUCCACAGAGAGUAUAGAAUCGGUGCCUGGCUGUACGACCAAGACGAGUUCGACUGCGAGCUUUUCAUUCCCGAUCUGAACAAUCUCGUGAUGCGUGGAAAUUCUAUCGUGUUACCUGAACACGUGAUCAACAUGCUCAACGAGCUAGCAGCCGCGAAGGCCGACGCCAAAGCUGCAGCAGCCGUGAAGGAGGACAACGCCAAAGCCGCAGCCAUCGCGAAGGAGGACGACGCCAAACCAAUACAAGAGUAGCUUCGGCUUCAUGAAGUGAAGAUGGUUCACAAGGGAGAGAAUCUGGCAGUCGGUCUUCUCUUUCUAGUGUAUUUUUACUCAUGUGAGGAAUUUUGAACUUGUUGCAUCCUUUCACCUUCAUAGCUUCAAUGUAAACACUUUGCAGUGUUACAAAUAUUCGAUUAGUUUUGUGUGCCGAGUACUCUAUGAAUGCCUACAAAACAAAUGUGGAACAAAUGAAUGAAUGAGCACUUUUGUAGUUGAUGAGACAAUGAAACAUGUGUGAACGAUUUGAUCAAA